AUGCCCGAAGCCGUCGGGACGGACCCGAGUACCUCACGCAAGAUGGCGGAGCUGGAGGAGGUGACUCUGGACGGGAAGCCUCUUCAGGCUCUGCGGGUGACCGACCUGAAGGCCGCACUGGAGCAGCGAGGCCUAGCCAAGAGCGGGCAGAAGAGUGCCCUGGUCAAGCGGCUCAAAGGGGCUCUAAUGCUAGAAAAUUUACAGAGACACUCCACACCCCACGCUGCGUUCCAGCCAAACUCGCAGAUUGGGGAGGAAAUGAGCCAGAACAGCUUCAUAAAGCAGUACCUGGAGAAGCAGCAGGAGCUCCUGAGGCAGCGGCUGGAACGGGAAGCCCGGGAGGCUGCAGAACUUGAAGAAGCUUCAGCUGAGUCGGAGGACGAGAUGAUCCAUCCUGAGGGAGUGGCUUCCCCGCUGCCUCCUGACUUUCAGAGCAGCCUGGAGACACCAGAGCUGGAGCUCAGCAGACAUUCGCCCAGAAAGAGCUCCUCUUUUUCUGAAGAAAAAGGUGAAUCUGAUGAUGAGAAACCGAAGAAAGGAGAAAGACGAUCAUCCAGGGUUAGACAGGCCAGAGCAGCUAAACUCUCUGAGUACGGCCAGGCUGCUGAGGAGGAAGAGGAUCAAGGAACACCAUCUAGAAACCUGAGGGUCAGAGCAGAUCGAAAUUUAAAAAUGGAGGAGGAGGAAGAAGAGGAAGAGGAAGAUGAUGAAGAAGAGGAGGAGGUAGAUGAGGGACAGAAAUCUAGAGAGGCAGAGGCACCAAUUCUGAAACAGUUUGAGGAUGAAGAUGGGGAAGAGAUGAGCAGAGCGAAACCAGAGAAGGCGGUGCAUGAGAAGCCCCAGGCCAUAAGAGCCCAGGGAGAGGACGAGUUAGAGACAGGAGGGCGAGUCACAAGAUCCCAGGAAGAAGCUAGGAGAAGUCAUCUGGCCAGACAGCAACAAGAGAGAGAGACACAAAUAGUUUGUCUCCUUCAGGAAGAAAAUGAGGUAAAAUCUUUACAAGGCUUGGAGGACAAACCCCAGUCUCCUUCCCCACCUCCGCUCCCUGAAGACCUAGAGAAGGCCCCCGUUGUGCAGCUGCCGCAACAGCUAGUCAGCGAAGAGGAAACUCCCCCACCCCUACUGACCAAGGAAGCGUCUUCUCCACCAGCUCAUGUACAGCUGCAGGAUGAGGAGGAAGUAGAGCCAGUGGAAGGCCCAGCGCCCCCUGUCCUCAUUCAGUUAUCUCCUCCUGAUUCAGAUGCUGGAACCCAGGAGCCCAUAGCGUCUCCACAUACUGUCCAGUUGGUAAGAGGCCUGUCUCCUCUGUCAAGUACUACAGACACCAAAGCAGAGCCUCCAGCAGAGAGAGCGUCGGAUGAAAGUGUUUUGCCUCUGCCUCAGAAAAGUAUGCUCCCUGAAUGCUCAGCUCAGAAGGGACUAGAAGCCGAGCCCGAGAAGUCUGCUCAGCCCCUUCCUCUAACAGUAGAGGAAUUAGCAGCCGCCAAAGGGAUCCCUGAGGAGCCUGUGAAACAGCAGUCUUUGGAACAGGAGGGCAGAAGAGCGUCCCACGCUCCUUUCCCAGACCACGGUUUGACGCAGUCACCUGACUCGGCCUCUAGCCGGUCUUCUUCACCUUCCUCCUCCAGCUCAAGAUCCAGAUCUCGCUCUCCUGACAGCUCCACCUCCCGCCCACAGUCCUCUCCAAGAUCUGAACAGAGAGCUGUGUCCCAAGCACGAGUUCAUGCCAACCCUCAUGGCAGACCCAAGAUGAGCUCCAGGUCUCGGUCCCGGUCCCGGUCUGCAUCAAGCAGCAGCCGAAAAUCUCUGAGCCCCGGAGUCUCCAGAGACAGCAACACCAGCUACACUGAAACCAAAGAUCCCUCUUGUGGUCAGGAGGCUGCAGCUCCAUCAGUGCCACAGGAGAAGAGUCCCAUGUCCCCAGCCUCUGUCCGGGAGAGGCGUCUGAGCCAGCUGUUACAGCCAGAGCAGCAGGGGGGGAGCCCAAAGAAGUGUGAAGCUGAAGAGGCAGAGCCGCCAGCUGCCGCACAGCCGCCAACCUCAGAAACUCAGACCUCUCGUGUACCAGAACCAGAAAGGACUCCUCACACUGUUGAGGAGAAGGAGGAAGUGACCAUGGACACAGGUGAAAACAGACCUGAAAAUGAGGUUCCAGAGCCUCCUGUGCCUAUUGCAGACCAAGUCAGCAGUGAUGACCGCCCAGAGGGCAGUGCUGAAGAAGAGGAGAAGAAAGAGAGUUCGAUGCCCAAAUCAUUCAAGAGGAAAAUCUCCGUUGUCUCAGCUACCAAGGGGGUACAAGCUGGAAACAGUGACACAGAGGGGGGCCAGCCUGGUCGAAAACGCCGUUGGGGAGCCAGCACAGCCACCACACAGAAGAAACCUUCCAUCAGUAUCACCACCGAGUCACUCAAGAGCCUCAUCCCCGACAUCAAACCCCUGGCGGGGCAGGAGGCUGUUGUGGAUCUUCAUGCUGAUGACUCCCGAAUCUCUGAGGAUGAGACAGAACGUAAUGGCGACGAUGGGACCCACGACAAAGGACUGAAAAUAUGUCGGACAGUCACUCAGGUAGUGCCCGCAGAGGGCCAGGAAAAUGGGCAGAGGGAAGAAGAAGAAGAAAAGGAGCCAGAAGCAGAGCCCCCUGUACCUCCCCAGGUGUCAGUAGAGGUGGCCUUGCCCCCACCUGUGGAACAUGAAGUAAAGAAAGUAACAGUAGGAGAUACCUUAACCCGAAGGUCCAUUAGCCAACAGAAGUCUGGAGUUUCCAUUACAAUUGAUGACCCAGUCCGAACUGCCCAGGUGCCCUCCCCUCCCAGGGGCAAGAUCAGUAAUAUUGUCCAUAUCUCCAACUUGGUUCGUCCCUUCACUUUAGGCCAACUGAAGGAAUUAUUGGGUCGUACAGGAACUUUGGUGGAAGAGGCCUUCUGGAUUGACAAGAUCAAAUCUCAUUGUUUUGUGACGUACUCAACAGUCGAGGAAGCUGUGGCCACCCGGACAGCACUGCAUGGCGUCAAGUGGCCCCAGUCCAACCCCAAAUUCCUUUGUGCUGACUAUGCUGAGCAAGAUGAGCUGGACUACCACCGGGGGCUCUUGGUGGAUCGGCCUUCUGAAGCUAAGUCAGAGGAACAGGGGGCACCAAGGCCCUUGCAUCCCCCACCCCCACCCCCAGUUCAGCCACCACCCCACCCCCGGGCUGAGCAGCGGGAGCAGGAGCGGGCUGUGCGAGAGCAGUGGGCAGAACGGGAGCGGGAAAUGGAGCGACGGGAGAGGACCCGAUCUGAGCGAGAGUGGGAUCGGGACAAAGUUCGAGAGGGGCCCCGUUCCCGAUCACGGUCCCGUGACCGCCGCCGCAAAGAGCGAGCAAAGUCUAAAGAGAAGAAGAAUGAAAAGAAAGAAAAGGCCCAGGAGGAGCCACCUGCCAAGUUGUUGGAUGACCUCUUCCGGAAGACUAAGGCAGCUCCCUGCAUCUAUUGGCUCCCACUGACUGAGAGCCAGAUUGUUCAGAAGGAGGCGGAACAGGCUGAGCGGGCUAAGGAGCGGGAGAAGCGGCGAAAGGAGCGAGAGGAAGAAGAGCAGAAGGAGCGAGAGAAGGAGGCUGAGCGCGAACGGAACCGACAGCUAGAACGGGAGAAGCGCAGGGAGCACAGUAGGGAGAGAGAGAGGGACAGGGACAGGGAGAGGGACAGGGGCGACCGAGAUCGCGAUAGGGAACGAGACCGAGACAGAGGCAGGGAGAGGGAUCGCAGAGACACCAAGCGCCACAGCAGAAGCCGGAGUCGCAGCACACCUGUACGGGACCGGGGCGGGCGCCGCUAGCUGGGAGAGCUGUGGGAAGCCGCCACUGCCCUGGGAGGCUGAUGGCUGCAGAGGGAUAGGCACAAUCACCACCACCACCCUGGAACCAAGGGUCUCACACCGUCGCUCAGUGCUGAACCAUAACUGCCACUCAUCCCCACACACCAAAUGGAGCAGUGGCAAUCUCUCCCUGUCCCCAAACCUAACUCCUCUUUCUUCCAUUAAGUCUGAGAGGGAAGAGCUAGGCUACGGAGGGAG